AGUCUCAGUCUGUCACCCAGGCUGGAGUGCAGUGGCGCAAUCUCGGCUCACUGCAAGCUCCGUCUCCCCGGUUCAUGCCAUUCUCCUGCCUCAGCCUCCCGAGUAGCUGGGACUACAGGUGCUUGCCACCACGCCCGGCUAAUUUUUUGUAAUUUUAGUAGAGACGGAGUUUCACUGUGUUAGCCAGGAUGGUUUCGAUCUCCUGACAUUGUGAUCCGCCCACCUCGGCCUCCCAAAGUGCUGGGAUUACAGGCGUGAGCCACCGCACCCAGCUUCUCUGGCCUCUUCUUAUAAGGGCACUAAUCUCAUUCAUGAAGACAGCCUCAUGACCUUAUUACCUCCCCAAGUCCCUACCUCUAAAUGUCAUUACUUUGGGGAUUAGAUUUGAAAUUUUGAAUUUUGGCGGAACACAAUAUUCAGUCUAUAAUACUGUCCAUCCAUGCCGAAAGGGCCUGGUUGUUCUAGGAAAACCAACACUUCAGUGCUGAGUGUGAGUUCAAUGACUGUCACUUUAUUGAGAGCAAGGAUUGUGUGGAUUUGUGUACUCCUAGAACCUAGCACCAGACUCAAUUCUUAACAGGCCUUUAAUAAAAAUGUAUUCAGUAAAAUACUGAAUAAUUUUUUUCACUGCCAAGUAGAAGAUAGGAAAAACAGAACAUAAAACCUGAAACCAAACUACAUAUGAAAUUAUAUAAUCUAAUCAUACACAAAGAUGGAGACCUCAUAAAAUACUUGAGUAAUAAUUUUUAAAAUGCGUCUACUAUUCUCUUCAACUCUACUACAUAACUAUCCAGCUCUUAAUUUCAAUUAUAUUUUGGAUGUAGGAUUUGUAGUUGAUUCUUUUUAUAACUUCCUGACCUCUGUAAGAAUUAAAUAUAUGAUCUAAUUUCACAAUAUAUUAACAAUCAUUAUUUUGAAGUUGUUUUUGAUAACUCCAAUAUCUGAAGAGUCUAUAUGCCUAUUGACAUUUCUUGUUUUUUCUCGAGCCUUUUGGUAGAAUGGAUUUGUUUCCUGAUAUGCCAGUUAGUUUGAUUGAAUGCUAGACACUGUAUAUGACAAAUUAUAGAAAUCAUACAAACCUCUGAAUGAUCAUAUCUUCCUCCCUAAAACAUUUACUUUUGUCUUGAUGGGAAGUUAGGACGGGGCAGACCCAAAGCUAUGUUACAAUGCUACAGUCUUUGUGAGUAGAGAAAGUGUAUUUUGAGUUCAUUUAGACUCCUAGGGGCUUAGUCCUCUGAGCAUCCCAAUCGUGAAAUCUUUACCAGAGCUUUUCCUCUUUAGUGGGCCCUUAAGCUCUGCUUAUGAAUCAGAAAACAUUUCAGGAGAAAAGUAGUGGCAAAUGUCAGAAUUGCCAUUCUGAACUUGCCUCCCCAACAAAAUACUUGAACCCUCCUUUCCUUGCUGCCUAGAGAUAGCUCUCUGAAACCUUCAAAUAUAUUUUUAAAAAUAUGUCCUAGCCAGCUUUUCUAAAUUGUACCAGUAUAAGGUUUACUCUACAAAACACUAGUCCCUCACUCACAAAAGCAGAAACUGUUUCUCUUCCUUUAAUGAGAAUUGCCACAAGUUUGCCAAAUUUAUUAAUCUUCUCUAAGGAAGAGCAAAAUACAAUCCAACAUUUUAUCAUUAUAGGUUCCCACAAAAUAAGAUAUUCUAUGAUACAAACACAUUCUUCACCCAAGUAAAGUACUACAAAUUAAACACAUUUAAUGCCUGAAAAAAAUCUUCCUAAUGUUGACCAUUGUUUAUAUUAGUCAUAUGUUAUGUAUUAGGAACUAAAAGAAUGUUUUCUCAGUGCAUAUGAAUAAGUCAGCUUUACUUUUUACAAAGAUAAUUUGUACUAUUUGAACAUUUUGAAGAGCAUAAUAGACCUGUUGAAUUUUGUUACUGUUUAAGGCUGAGUGCAAUCUCAUUUCCUUAUGCCCUUAGAGAGAACUACCUGAAAGCAAAUAUCUAAAAAACAAUUUAAUUUGCUACUUAAAAUGAUAUGCUAUCAAGUUGAAAUCACUCUAAAGAUAAGGAAACUAUAAAGACUACAGGAAUAAUGUAUGAACAGUUAAAAUUGGCUCAUUAUAAAGAAUACUAACCCUCUUUCAAUGGUAUUUGAGGUAGACAAGCAUUGAAUAACUCUUAAUUACUUACUCAAGGAACAUUACCUCAUUUGUUUAGUGCCACCCAUUUUUCCAUAGCAAGUCCUCAAAUAAUUAUUCCCAAAGCUGUAUUUUAUCUUCCAAAUGGCUUUAAAUUUUCAAUAGAUCCAUAGAUAAUAAAAAGUUAUCAAUACUUCAUAUUUUCUGAGGAACUGAAGUUAUAUGUCACACACAUACACACAUACACACAAACAUGCACACAAAGCUAAGAAUCACAAGGCCCCAUUUAAUUUCUUUUUUUUAAGAGAUGAAGUCUUGCUCUUCCACCCAGACUGGAGUGAAGUGGUGUGAACAUGGCUCACUGCAGCCUCGGCCUCCCAGACUCCAGUGAUUCUCCUGUCUCAGCCGCCUGUAAUACUCCAUUCUCACACUGCAGAUAAAGACAUACCCGAGACUGGGCAAUUUACAAAAGAAAGAGGUUUAAAGGACUUACAGUUCCACAUGGCUGGGAAAGUCUCACAAUCAUGGCGGAAGGUGACAGGCACGUCUGACACGGUGGCAGACGAGAAAGGAGCUUGUGCAGGGAAACUCUGCCUUACAAAACCAUCAGAUCUCAUGAGACUUAUUCAUGAUCAUGAGACAAGCACAGGAAAGACCUGCCCCCGUGAUUCAAAUACCUUCCACCAGGUCCCUCCCACAACACAUGGGGAUCCAAGAUGAGAUCUGGGUGGGGACAGAGCCAAACCAUAUCAUUCCACCCCUGGCCCCUCCAAAUCUCAUGUCCUCACAUUUCAAAACCAAUCAUGCCUUCCCAACAGUCCACUCAAAAGUCCAUACUCCAAAGUCUCAUCUGAGACAAGGCAAGUCUCUUCCGCCCAUAAGCCCGUAAAAGCAAAAGCAAGUUAGUUACUUCCUAGAUACAACGGGGGUACAGGCAUUGAGUAAAUACAGCCAUUCCAAAUGAAAGAAAUUGGCCAAAACAAAGGGGCUACUGGCCCCAUGCAAGUCCAAAAUCCAACAGGGAAGUCAAAUCUUAACACUUCAAAAUGGGAGCAGUGUGAAGAAGAGGCGAGAACGAACCCCUGACCAACCAAAGCCCGUGCACCACUGCAUCCUGCGUCCAGCGCCUACAUCCUGCCGCCACCAUGCCCAAGAGAAAGGCUGAAGGGGAUGCUAAAGGAGAUAAAGCCAAGGUGAAGGACGAAUCACACAGAAGAUCCAUGAGGUUGUCAGCUAAACCUGCUCCUCCAAAGCCAGAACCCAAGCCUAAAAAGGCCCCUGCAAAGAAGGGAGAGAAAGUACCCAAAGGGAAAAAGGGAAAAGCUGAUGCUGGCAAGGAGGGGAAUAGCCCUGUAGAAAAUGGAGAUGCCAAGACAGACCAGGCACAUAAAACUGAAGGUGCUGGAGAUGCCAAGUGAAGUGUGUGCAUUUUUGAUAAC